AUGGCCGACAACGGAGGAGGAUCUUCUAGCGACGCCAUGGUCAAGAUCAAGCCUCAGAAUGAGGAUCUAGCGUUUAAUGGGAGCAAUGUCAAGCGUUUUCUUUCUGAAUAUCAACUAGCUGCGCGUUUGGAUGGAGCGUCGGAGAAGGACAUGGCUCAACAGCUAGGAUUUUUCAUUGCAAAGGACAAGCUGUUGGAUGUCGUCGAGACUUUGGAAGGAUACGAGCCGCCGGACUGGCCUAAGUUGAAGGCUUCUAUGAUAGCGUACUGGGGAAACGUUGAUACCACCAAGUUCAGUUUGCCUGAUCCCGUGCCUUCUGAUCAAUCGCUGGAAGAGGAAAAUCCCCAGAAUCUUGAGCGCGGCCUCCCAUUGGGUUCUCAUAAUGAUCUACUAGUUGAGGAGGCGUUAGAAUCUGAUUCGAAUUUUGUAGAUCUGGAUGUUGGGCCGGAGCUUUUUGAUAAAUCUAGCAAACAGGACCGUAAUGAAUCGAUUAAGACGAGAGAACCUGCUUGGCAUCCCACAAACACCAGUUUGUAUUUUACGGCUGCCUCUGCCAUUGAAUACCCAUUGGCUUCUAGAAUCAACAAAUCCAAUCCUUCCCGAAGGCAGCAUGAAAACCUCAAGUCAUCCACAGUGCUCUCUGUUUCUCUUCCUCCGGUCAAAGAUUCUACACUUCCAGUUCCUGAUUCAGAUCAAGAAGACAUGGACGACAAUCCCGAGUUGUUUGAGCAAUCAACUGAAGAUCCAAGCCCUGCUGAAGUCACCGCUGCUAGACUGAUCCUUGCACUUAAUCCAGUCGCUUCCCCGAUCAACAAUCAUCUUUCUACAGAGAUCUCGGAAAAUCUUUCUUCUGCCUCUGCCUCAGCCGCCACAAAGGACAAAGAGAAAUUCCUUGUUGAUCAGAAGGGGCACAAUUAUUUCCUUCCCAGCGGUGCCUGGAUCCCUUUCGACCCCGUUCGACCUAUCCGCAGUGUUGUGACGGCAUUUCAAGCUUCAAGUCGUUCCGCUCCUCCAUUUCCUGCGCCGUAUCGGAUCAGUUGUGGCGCUCUUCAGCCAUGGUAUCCAACAACCAAGCCAAUUCCCUGCGCAGAUCCGCCAGUUUCUGAAUCUUAUCAUUGUCACUUGAUCCGCAAAUCACCCAACAUCAAGUCUUCUCAACCCAAAGUCUUGUCCUCUGAUCCACCCUCUCCAAAGUGUUUGGCCAAGUUUGUCAAGGAGGCAAACUCUGUCCUGAAGAAGAUUAUCAAUCUGAUGGUUCCAGGUUUCUCCGCUUCCUCCUUGGACAACGUUCAUCUUCCCAAGAGUCAAAUUCCUAGAAGGACAAAGGCAAGAAAAGUGAUUCCGCGGAGGCAUAAUGGAGUCAAAGUAAGUUCUCUCCAAUAUGCACCUCCAGGGCUUGAUGCCACCAAAAUAGUCAAAACUCUAUCUCGUGCCACACUUGUGAGCAAUGGACAACCUUCUGCCCUCGAUUCCCCAGGUGUACCAGAUCCGACUUCAUCCGAGACCCUCCGAGAUGAGGUUAAACUAUCUUCUGAUCCUCCUCUGUGUUCCGUUCCCGAUCUUGAUCCUAUUGGCCAGCUCCGCCCGACUUCUGAGCGUAUGGUUUCCUUCCCAAUCGCCCUCCGAGAUGAGGUUAAACUAUCUUCCGAUCAUUCUCUGCAUUCCGUUCCCAAUCUUGAUCCUAUUGGCCAGCUCCGCCCGACUUCUGAGCGUUUGGUUCCCUCCUCAAUCGCCCUCCAAAAUGAGGUUAAACUAUCUUCUGAUCCUUCUCUGUGUUCCGUUCCCGAUCUUGAUCCUAUUGGCCAGCUCCGCCCGACUGCCGAGAGUUUGGUUUCCUCCUCCAUCCGCCUCCACAAAGAGGCCACAUUAAAUUCUCAAGUCCAGGAAUCUGUCUUCUCCUCUCAAGCCUCAUCUGAUCCCAACAACCAUAUGUCUUCCUUAUCCCAUAAUUAUCAAUCUCAUCCCUCUGGUGUUCCCAAAUCUUCCAUCACUCCUGAAGUUCAUCAAUCUCAAUCCUCCCAGCCUUUAUCCAACUCCGUAGAUCCCCUUUCUUCUUCUUCUCCGAUCCGGCUCCGCAAUGAGGAUAAACCAGCAUCAGUUCCGAUCCCCAAUCCGCUCCGCAAUGAGACUAAACAAACGUCCGAAUCCUCCAAUGUUGAAUAUCCCGAUCCUGUGUCAUCUGAUGGUGUGCAAGCUUCCGGCCAAGUUGAAAAUGAUCUCUGCAAUGAGGGUGAACUAGGUUUGUUACAUUUUGAUGAGGAAGAAGGAUGGAUGAUAGAGGUUUUUCCCCGUGGAGGCAAAGUUGACCAAAACCCUCCUUCCCGCCCGCAAGGAUUGCUAGAAGAGUUCAUCGAGGUAUUGUCGGACAAUCUGAUUUACAAGCUGCAAAACACUUACAACAUCCGAAAUCCGUCUCUCGAACAGAGAACCUCUCUAUGCUACUACCUCAUCAAGCAGAUCCUUGCUGAAAAUGGCAAGUCGCUUGCUGACGUCGGGCUGAGACCGAUAGCAGCCGAUGAUCGAUUAUGGUGGUACUUUGACACUGUGUCUGCAAGAGAAGAGACAAUGAGAAUAACGGACCACACCAACCGGUUUCUGGAGAUGUCCGCCAGGCUUAACCAAAAACAGAGUGCGAUAGCUGAUGCUGUCAUCGGUUUGACAUCCGCAGGCGAGGCGGGUCUGAUUUAUGUGGAUGGCCCAGGAGGAUGUGGAAAAACAUUCCUCCUUAACACAUUGAUACAUUACUUCAACGCAAGUGAAAUACCUGUGAUCACCGUGGCCUCUUCCGGAGUGGCCAGUUUGAUGUUGAUCAACGGGAUGACUGCCCAUUCAAGAUUUAAGAUACCCUUGAACGUGAAGUAUGCAGUCGAGGCGGUUGACCAAGCUUUCCGUUCCCUCAUGGACAACGAGCAACCUUUCGGGGGAAAGAUCGUGAUUUUCGGAGGCGACUUCAGACAAACUCUUCCAGUGGUCCCAGGCGGGUCCGUUCUCGACCAGGGAAGAUGCUGCAUGAUCAGCUCAGCCAUUUGGAAUGACGUGUUCUACUUUCAACUCACUCAAAACUUGAGAUUGAGGGCCAGUGGGGAUGACCAGUCGGCAAGGUCAAACCUGUUGCGGCCAACUGGCUUUGCGGAAUGGCUGCUUUCUGUAGGAAACGGCUCGGGCCAGACGGACUUCACCGCCGACAUAGACAUAGCCUUCGGUUGGGUGUACAGACAUUCAGACGCCCGGGUAGUGGCAGAGCGUGCCAUUGUAAAAACUUACGGGGACAUGGCUGUGGCUUUAAAUGACCCGGAGGCCGGUAGACUCAAUGCCUAUUUCGGAAACCGCCUGAUAUUGGCCCCGCUGAACUCCGAUGUUAACCGGAUCAAUGCCAUUUGUUCUUCUCGAUUACCAGGCGAGGUUUUCGUUUCCCACUCGAUAAAUCAGAUGCGAAACGAAGAGGAUGGAGAAGACAGCGACGAGGCCAUCCCGGAAGAGGUUCUCAGGACCUUUUCCAUCCCCGGUUUCCCUGAAGCCGACAUAGAGUUGAAGGUGGGGAUGCCGGUCAUUCUCCUCCGGAACUUAGACCUCAAGAGGGGUUUGUCGAACGGGACUAGGCUUUUAGUCCUGGCGAUCAGACCCGACGCCCUUCGCUGCCGGAUAUUGACUGGGUCCUGCACCGGUGCUGAAAUUGCUAUUCCUCGGAUUAGACAUGGCCCCAAGUACUCGUUUGCAAGUACUCGCUACUUGUUUUCGAGUACUUGUUGGGAGUGCACAAGUACUCGCCCGCGGGUGGCGGGUGCGAAGGUGCAGGUGACCGGCCUAACCACCAACCCAAGGUCCCACUGGUCCCACGCACAUCGGCAAACCCACCCAUCAAACCGAGAAGUCCUGUUCAUAGCUCCAUCCAACCCCGACCAACCACACCCUCCUCGCUGA